CUGGGAGAAAACAAAGGACGAGUUGAAGGCAACCAAACAACCGUUUUGAGUCAUUUUUUAGGCUUUCGGCAUGGCAUCACCUCAAAGAAAUUCCAAAGAUUUGAAAACGAAGCUUACUGACACUAAACAGGACGUGGAAGAUGUGCACAGGGCAUUGGAGAAACUCCGGUGUCUUUCGAAAGAUGACAAGAGUGAGGCAGGGAUGCUGCGCUCCAGGAUAGAUGAGCAGUCAAGUUUAAUCUGUAUUUUGAAACAACGAGCAGACGAGAUGCUAUCUCGAUGUCAGGCUCUAGAAAGUAUAAAUUCAGAGUUGGAAGCCCAUAGAGCAGAUGUAUGUGCAGAGCUUGAGGGUGAAAGAAAGAAGUCGUCCUACUUAGAGAAAAGAUUCAUGGAUUUGGCCAGUAAUCAUCAAGCCAUGAUUAUUUUUAAGGACGAGUAUAAAACACAAAACACCAAACUUCGACAAGAAAACGAAGAAAUUCGAGAGGAGAACAAUACACUUUUCUCUCAAGAGUUAGAAGAAAAAGAGGCAGUUAUUCUGAAGCUCACAACAGACAUGGACACACUUGUUGAGGAGCACAGAAUUCUUCAAAACAAGUAUCAGGACACAUGUGAUGGCAUUCAGGCAACCCAUCAGGAACUUACAGGACGCCAUCAGUCAAAGGAGACUUCUUUGACUAACCAGUUACGUGACGUGCAAAGACAGCUAACUGAUGCAGCAAAUAUGUGCACAGAAUUAAACCAACAACUUCGAAAGGCAAGAGAGAAUUACUCUUUGAAAGAGACGGAGAUGAAAGAAACAGUAGAACACCUAGUGAAGGAGAAGGACACAUUACUGAAUUUAUCCAUACAAAGAGGAAAGCAGAUACAGGACAAACAGGAAGAAGUCCUGCUCAUGGAGGCUAGGAGGAAGGAGGAGGAGAGCAGCAGGGUAGCAGCAGAGAAGCGGUUUGAGAGGGAGGCAGCUGCCGUGACAGCACAUCUCAAAGUGAAGGCUCUUCAGCACAGUCUGGAUCAGUCUGUUCAAACAUGUAACCAGCUCAGAAAGGAUUUUGAAGCCUUUAAAGAGCACAGCAACGACAUGCUUACUAAGGAAAAAGAGUUGAAUGCCAAGCUGCGUCACAUCAUGGGCUGAAGAUUGAUACCUCCUUAAAAGAAAACCAGUUCAUUUCAAUAUAAAAUAGCUAAAUUAAAAUGAAACCAGUGCAAAGCUGGUAAUGCAUUUGGAAAACAAAAGAUUCUAGCAACAUGUUUUGCAUUUUAUUAAAUUCAAAUGAUUUACAGUAAGUUAUGUUUAGUACAUUUAUUUACAGGCAAAUAAGUUGAAGUAAAAAUUAUUUCAUACACCAAUUUACCUACAUCCAAGGACACUGGAAUGCUGCGCUGGUCUCCUUCAGAGUACCCUACUGGCCCAGCCUGUGAUCACUUCAGCCACCAGGAGAGCCUGCCAGAAGAAGCACUGCAUCAUUAGACCACGUGCUACUAUCAGCUUGUGGUCCCCCGACAGUUAAUCCAUUCCCAGGAUAGCAAUGAUACCCUGUCGGGAUUGGUAAUCCUGAGAAAGGAAGGGUCUGUUGUGCUUUGUACAGGUCAAUUGGUUAUAGGUGUCUAACAAUCACUCAUAGUCAGUAUAAGACAAAACAUAUCUGAAGAAUUUUCUGCAACUAUAGUGUUCAUCAAUAUUGUCCAUGAUGCGUCUAUGUUUGAAGAUCAGAGAUUGUUGCUCCACUAGAGAGCCCUACACUGUUACAAGUAAAAUAACAACUGGCAAGUUAAGGUAUUGUCAAGCAACCGAAAUAAAUAUAUUUAGAUCAUAUUUUAAUGGAAUAGAUGUUCUGUAAAUGUAUAUUGAUAAGCAUAAUACAACCAACACCAAUAAUUAUAAUAAUUUAACAGGCUGAAUAAGUCACAGUCCUGUAACUGAUAAUGGCAGUGUGCUGGAAAAACCUUUCUUUAACAUUUUUGAGGGAUAGGAUAACAGUCAUCAGACUAAAUAAUUGGAGGUUUUGCUGCAUAAUGCCAUCCUGUUAGACACUUUCUUUUUUAAAGCACACCUGGAUGAGUACUUACAACAGCAUUUCUUUCAGCAAACC